AUGGCCUCCUUCACCAUGCGCCCCCUCCUCCGCGCAUCGCGUACAGCAACAGCAACAACCUUCCACCCCGUCGCGCGAAUCGCCACAACCUCGCGCUACAAAGCCGCCUCCGCCACAGCAGCCGCCCCUUCCCCCGCAAAGAGCACAACAAGCUCAAGCUACGCCAGAAAGACACCCUCCCCAGCCGCGAAAGCCUCGAAACCAUCCUCCUCUACAGUAGCAGCAGCAGCAGCAACACCCGCGACAACAACAUUCCCAACAGCACCAGCAUACGUCCCUCCUCCCUCUUCUCAAACACAGACUUCAGACCAGACGCAACAACAGCAACCACAACAGCAGCAACAACAACAGCAACAACCGAUAGACUGGUCAACAUCCUACCACGGCCUAGGCACAGCCCGUUUCCCAAAGGAAGUAGUCGACAUCCUCCUCCAACCCGUAAACCCAUCCGACGUCGAAGUCAAACCCGACGGCAUAAUCUACCUCCCCGAGAUCAAGUACCGCCGCAUCCUCAACCAGGCCUUUGGCCCUGGCGGAUGGGGCCUCGUGCCCAAGGGCGACGUCGUGGUCGGUGAAAAAGUCGUCACUAGAGAAUACGCUCUCAUCGCGGAAGGACGCUUCAUCUCCCAAGCCCAAGGCGAAAACGGCUACUUCUCCAUCGAAAACCUCCCCUCCGCCGUCGAAGGCUGCAAAUCAAACGCCCUGAUGCGCUGCUGCAAGGACCUCGGCGUCGCCUCUGACCUCUGGGACCCCGUCUUCAUCCGCCAGUUUCGCAAAGAGUACGCCGACGAGGUCUGGGCCGAGCACGUCACCACCAAGCGCAAGAAGCUCGUCUGGACGCGCAAGGACGUGCCGUUGGCGUAUCCUUACAAGAAGACGAACUGA